AGCAACGAAGACGAACAGGCGAAAAACGGUAUAUCAUAUCUUCUGUGGACGAAAAGGAACCGAAGAAGAGAACAUCGAGGGCUUGGAAACUGGAACCCUAGUGGGCUAGCGCGCUCUGUUCUCGGCCCUCUGAUUCGCACUCACCCGCACUCACCCAUGGCUGCGUUGGAGCCUAGGAAUACGCCGAACCCGAGCUCUACCCUCACAGUGCCCCGUCCAGACCAGCCUUCUUCUUCAUAUUCUUUACCUCAGCCUGAGGCCUCGGUUCCUGCUCCGUCUUCGUCUGAACCGGGACCUUCUACGCCAGCUCGCCUCGCCUCGCCGGAGCCUUCUGGCGCUCGUGUUCCAGAGCCUUUGAUGCACAAAAAUCGGUUACAAGAGUAUGCUCAGAGGUCAAACAUACCACUUCCCAUUUAUCAAACUAUCAAUGAGGGAGUUGUGCAUGCUCCAAAGUUUAGAUCAACGGUUUGGGUUGAUGGAAAGCACUAUACUUCCGAAAAUGUUUUCUCUGCUCGAAAAGCGGCUGAGCAGGAUGCUGCCAAACUUGCAUAUGAGCACAUAGUGACAAAUAUGAAAGAUGAAGGGCUUCCUGAUAUAAAUAUUCUUGAGAAAACUAUGGUUUUCAAGUCCAUCUUAUAUGAAUAUGCUGCCAAGAUGAAUCUGGAUAAAGUUACAUAUCGCACUGAUCAGUUGGAAGGACAUCCUUUUUUUAUAUCAUCUUUGGUUUUUAAUGGUAAACGCUAUACUGGUUGUCCAGCUAGAACCAAAAAGGAGGCUGAGCAAUUGGCUGCACGAACUGCUAUUCUUUCAAUUCUAAAUGAUUCUAUGUCUGGAACACGUCUUUCUGAGAUAAUAAAGUCAAAAUUCAAAUGUUGUGCUGCAAUCAUCAAUGUGAAGGACUCACAACAUACAAGUACUUUAUCACAUAUGGGUAGCUCAGGAAAUGUUUCUGUUAGUGCCGCUCCUUUGGCAGCUAAUAAUAAUGAAAAUAGUAAAGAAAUUGAGGUUGUGCAUCCUGAGCCCUCUCCUAGAGGGCAUUCGCCUCAGCGAGAAUUCCAGAUGUCAAAACAAGAAAAAUGCCCUGAAGACUCCAAGCUUUCAAAUCUGUCUCAACAAGCAGUUGCACCACAGCAUAUUGAUGAUAGUUCAAGUUUGAAGAAGCGCAAAAGGAACAAGAAAAAGGCUAAUAAGAAGUCCCUGCCGGAUUCUCUGCUGCCAGUUGCUGCUUAUCCUCUCCACCAAGCCCCUUCUCCAGCUACAUUACCAUUUCCUUUCAGCCAGCCUAGUUGUUCAGUGGCGCAGUAACAUUGUAACCAUGAAGGAAUUUGUGUGAUAGUGGCUCAUUUUAGAAUUCCUUUAAAAUGAAAUGGACAAGUUAUUACUUAUUAGGGAACUCCGUGGAUAUUAUGUGUAUAAUUUUACCUUCAUGUUUCCAGACCUUUGGUGCUGAAUUUUGAAGGUGUGCCCCAUCUGUAAUUAUUGAGCUGUUCAAUGUCCUUAAUCGUUCCCAUGUA